GCGGCACGUCCGUGACAGGCUGUGUGCAACGAGCACACAACCACGACCUCCGACUCGCUCGCACACGGAGGCAGGUGUGUCCGCGCGCGUUUGUUUGUGUGUGGCAGCAGUGUCUGCACAGCUAUUUUAAUUCAGUUUUUACCGUUUUUUUUUUAAAUAUAUAUACACACGAGCCCCCGCCAUCAUGCUGUGGACUGCCGGUCGAGCCCUGCGGAGAUUCUCCACCUCGUCCCAUUAUUACCAGAAUAAGCUCAAACUAGCUAUAAUCGGUCAGAGCCAGUUUGGCCAGGAGGUCUACAGCAGCCUGAGGAAGCAAGGUCACAGAGUGGUGGGUGUGUUUACUGUCCCUGACAAAGAUGGCAAGGCCGACCCCCUCGCUGUGGUGGCAGAAAAAGAUGGGACGCCUGUGUUCAAGUUCCCGCGAUGGCGGGUCAAGGGGAAACCCAUCCCAGAGGUGGUGGAGGCCUACAAGGCGGUGGGCGCCGAGCUAAAUGUCAUGCCUUUCUGCUCCCAGUUUAUCCCAAUGAACAUCAUCGACAAUCCCAGGCACGGCUCCAUCAUCUACCACCCCUCCAUCCUGCCCCUGCACAGAGGAGCCUCGGCCAUCAACUGGACCCUGAUCCAAGGCGAUAGGAAAGCUGGCUUCACGGUGUUCUGGGCUGACGAUGGCCUGGACACUGGACCCAUCCUGCUGCAGAGGGAGUGUGCUGUGGAGCCCAACGACACUGUGGACACACUCUACAACCGUUUCCUCUUCCCAGAAGGCAUCAAGGCCAUGGUGGAGUCAGUGCAGCUCAUCGCUGAUGGAAAGGCCCCUCGAGUUCCCCAGACAGAGGAAGGAGCCAGCUAUGAAGGCAUUCAGAAGAAGUCCAACUCCAAGGUCAACCUGGCCCAGCCAGCAGAGGCCAUCCACAACUGGAUCCGCGGACAUGACAAAGUCCCUGGUGCCUGGACUGUCAUUGGUGGUCAGUCUGUGACGGUGUAUGGCUCGUCCAUGUUAGGGGGGUCGGUACCGACUGGUCAGCCCCUGGAGAUCGACGGGGCGUCCCAACCUGGCCUGGUCACCAACAAUGGGCUCGUGCUGUACGGAACUGAUGGGAAAGCUCUGCUGGUGAGAAGUCUGCAGUUUGAAGAUGGUAAGAUGAUCCAUGCCUCCAAAUACUUCUCCUCUGGAGAUAGUGCCAGUGUGGAGCUGACUGAUGAUGAAAAGAAGAUGGAAGAAGAGAUCAGGAACAUCUGGAAGGGCAUCCUCAGCAACGUCCUGGUCAUUGAGGACACCACAGACUUCUUCAAGUCCGGAGCUGCGUCCAUGGAUGUGGUCAGGCUGGUGGAGGAGGUGAAGCAGAAAUGUGAAGGUGUGCAGCUGCAGAAUGAGGAUGUGUACAUGGCCUCUACCUUCCAGGACUUCAUCCAGAUGUUUGUCCGCAAGCUGAGAGGGGAGGACCAGGAGGAGGAGCUGGUUGUGGAUUAUGCAACCAAAGAAGUAAACAACAUGACAGUGAAAAUGCCGCACCAGUGUUUUAUCAAUGGCAAGUUCGAGGACGCAGAAAAUGGGAAGACCUACGAGACCAUCAAUCCAACUGAUGGAUCUGUGAUCUGUAAAGUGUCCUAUGCCUCAUUGGGGGAUGUGGACCGGGCAGUGGCAGCUGCCAAAGAAGCUUAUGAUAAUGGCCCCUGGGGCAGGAUGAACCCUAGAGACAGAGGAAGUCGGCUUUACAAGCUCGCCGACCUGAUGGAGGAACACCAAGAAGAGUUGGCUACCAUUGAGUCCAUUGACUCAGGGGCCGUGUACACACUGGCCCUGAAGACCCACGUAGGCAUGUCCAUUCAGACUUUCCGCUACUUCGCCGGCUGGUGUGACAAGAUCCAGGGCAAGACGAUCCCCAUCAACCAGGCCAGGCCGAACCGCAACCUGACCUUCACUAGGAAAGAACCUCUGGGUGUGUGUGCCAUUGUCAUCCCAUGGAACUACCCUCUCAUGAUGUUGGCCUGGAAGAGCGCCGCCUGCCUCGCAGCUGGAAACACGCUCGUGCUCAAACCUGCACAGGUCACUCCACUGACAGCGCUGAAGUUUGCUGAGCUGUCUGUGAAAGCUGGUAUUCCUCGAGGAGUCGUCAACAUUUUGCCAGGCUCAGGGGGCAUGGUGGGACAGCGUCUGUCCGACCACCCAGACAUACGGAAGCUGGGCUUCACCGGCUCCACACCAAUUGGCAAACAGAUCAUGAAGAGCUGUGCACUCAGUAACCUGAAGAAGGUUUCUCUUGAGCUGGGGGGGAAGUCGCCUCUCAUCAUCUUCAGCGACUGUGACAUGGACAAGGCCGUUCGCAUGGGUAUGAGCUCUGUGUAUUUUAACAAAGGUGAGAACUGCAUUGCUGCUGGACGUCUGUUUGUGGAGGAGUCAAUACAUGAUGAGUUCAUCAGCCGAGUGGUGGAGGAGAUCAAGAAGAUGAAGAUCGGAGACCCUCUGGAUCGCUCCACAGACCACGGCCCACAGAACCACAAGGCCCACCUGGACAAGCUGCUGGAGUACUGCGACGUGGGCGUGAAGGAAGGGGCCACGCUGGUGUGUGGAGGCCGACAGGUGGACCGGCAAGGUUACUUCAUGGAGCCCACACUGUUCACUGACGUGGAGGACCACAUGUUCCUCGCCAAAGAGGAGUCCUUUGGCCCCAUCAUGGUAGUGUCCAAAUUCCCAGAUGGCGACGUGGACGGUGUGCUACGGAGAGCCAACGACACCGAAUAUGGCCUGGCGUCCGGCGUGUUCACCCGCGACAUCAACAAGGCCAUGUACGUGAGUGAGCGGCUCGACGCCGGAACAGUGUUCGUCAACACCUACAACAAGACGGACGUGGCUUCGCCUUUCGGAGGCUUCAAGCAGUCCGGCUUCGGCAAAGACCUCGGAGAGGACGCGCUCAUGGAAUACCUCAAGACCAAAGCAGUGACUGUGGAGUACUGAGUGCCAGGGGCUCGCAGUCCCAGCCAACAUCUGUCUGCCUCACCUACACAUCCAGCUUCAUUCAGUGUGCGUUUGCGUGUGUGCGUGCGUGCCUGGGGGUGUGUGUGUGUGUGUCUGUAUGGUAUGGUGCGGGACUUGGUUAUAAAGUCGACCUGAGCUUCUGACUAUACUGUCAGUGUGUCACGUCCAUUAAAGUGGAUUUCACUUCACAACACACCAACAAAUUUCCACCUGAAACCUAUUUUCCCGUCAUUAUCAAUCAUAAACGUCAAACAAAUCUUUUUUUUACCCUUUGGGCUGCAGAAGACAGACGUGGCUCACGCAUGGACCGAUCUGAUCAUGGAUACCAUCAUGUUGAAGUGUGUGUGUGUGUGUGUGUGUGUGUGUGUGUGUGUGUGUGUGUGUGUGUGUGUGUGUGUGUGUGUGUGUGUGUGUGUGUGUGUGUGUGUGUGUGUGUGUGUGUGUGUGUGUGUGUGUGUGUGUGUGUGUGUGUGUGUGUGUGUGUGUGUGUGUGUGUGUGUGCUCACAGGAGUUACAUGUCCCUAGCCAAUAAACAAAAGUAACUCAAUAGUGCAGCUACUAUAAUAAUGCUGCGACUACAUUGGACAGAAUGCAUCCUCCCUGAUUGGAAAGCAUGGCUCUUGAUCUUGACAGUUAACAAAGUCAUCGUGGCUCAAGGUUUUGUUUUUACAGCGUUCAGCUCCAUCACUAGUUCAGAGUGAGACGUGGUCAGAAGUAAAUGGACUUUUGAGUAACUGAAGACCAGGUUAAAAAAGGUUGUUGUGUGUGCUUGCACCUGUGACCACACAGAACACUUUGGAUUUUAUGGUUCUGCGACGGUACUCUUACCGUUUCCGUAGGACUUUUUAAAAGAUAAAUAUGUAAGAUAGAUCUCCCUAACUGACAGUAUUUUUACCGUGUGCUAGUCCGCCCGUUUUCUGACGUGGAACUGAAUAGUCACAGUUUCAGAUUUAGGUUGAAUUGAUGAAUUCACAAACAACAGUUAUGCACAAUACUUGCAAAAGAGUGUUUUUGACAACUCUGUGUGUGUGGUGCACAGUGCUGCCCCCCUUGAUUCAGAAUUAUGCCUUUUAGAAAACAAUAAUUCAUGUAAAAUGUUUUUACUCCAUUUCUCCAGUACUGAGAGAAGCGGAGCAGAACUGACGACAUCGGAGCGUAUCGAUACCUCGGUCUAUAAUCAUUUAGAAGCCAGACCCGUUUAAUACCUGGGUUCAGUUCACUUCUCUGCUUCAACAUCGCCAUAGCAAGGAAAGACGUAAGUGAAACACAGUUAGGUCUUAAAAACGACUUUACAAUUCCAUGAAAUAACAGGAGGUAGGGUCGAGGGCCUGUUGGCAUGGUGCCAAUAGGAACUGUGUUGGUAGACCGGCACACAGCUUCGUUUCACAAUGAAAGACAAUGAUGGGCUGACUGUCAUCAGUGGUUCAUCUUUAUUUCUAGUCUGAACUUUGGCUCAGAAUUAGGGGGACUAGGAUUUGUCAUCAUCAUCAUUUCCGUGCAGCUGUCUGUUCCUACAUCCUCAACUUUAGACAUUUUUCUCUUCCAUUUGUCAAAAUUGGACUUUUUGUAAAUAUUUUUCAACCAAAGCAGGAAGAAAAAACAUCGGAUAUAUUUUUGACAUUGAAUUUGUCCGGCAGAGGAACACGAUAUGUAAUAACACUAUAUUAUAUUCACUACAGACCUCAAUGUUUUUAUGCAUCACUCGUGUGAAGAAGUUGGUUUUCUAUCUGUCCCACAUUGUCAGUGAACUUUUUCUUUCUUUGUAAAAAAAAAAAAGAAAAAAAGAUGUCCCUCAAUAAAAUCUGUUUUCAGCCAGGAAUGACAUACACUGGUUAAUAAAGUUCCAUUUGAAUUUAA